AAAAACUAAAAAAAUACUCCUAUACUUGGACUCUGUAGUUUAAAGCUGAAUUUAGCGAAACCCUCAAAACCUCAGCAGCCGUGGCGGCGACACUGCCACUCCGCCGUCUCUCUCUCUCUCCAUCUGAGGAAGCGUUGCUUUUAGUUUAGAGGCAGAAUGAGAUUGGAAAAGUGCUGGUUUUGUUCUUCAACCGUGUACCCUGGACAUGGAAUCCAGUUUGUUCGUAAUGAUGCAAAGAUUUUCCGAUUUUGUAGAUCUAAAUGCCACAAGAACUUCAAAAUGAAGAGGAAUCCUCGGAAAGUAAAAUGGACCAAGGCGUAUAGGCGGGUGCAUGGAAAGGAUAUGACUCAGGAUUCAACCUUUGAGUUUGAGAGAAAGCGAAACAGGCCAGAGAGAUAUGACAGGAAUCUUGCGGAGAACGUCCUCAAGGCCAUUCCAAAGAUUGAAAAGAUAAGAGUCACCAGGGAGGAGAGGCACCAUAAGAAUAGAAUGAAGGGCAAGAAAAGAAAGAUACAGAAGGAGGCAACAAGGGAGUUGGAGCAGGGCAUCAGUUUGGUCAAAGCUCCUUUGGCCCUUCAGAAGGACCCAUCUCUUACAUUACCACAAAAGAUCAAAGUCUCUGUUUCUCAACAGCAAUCAGAGGACAACAAUGCGAUGGAGGAAUGAUGUCAAUGCUGCACUCUGUGUGUGUGUGUGUGUGAUUUUUUUCAUUUGUUUGAUGUUUGUCGCUGGAUUUGGAUUAAUAGAGGUUUUAAGGCCGAAAUUGUAAGUUGAUUAAUUUGUUGUCAAUCAGUAAUGCGAAUGGUAUGAAUUUUGAAACAACAGUUUUGAGCAUGGAGGAUAUGUUGGUGACAUGUUUGGAUGGAGUCUUUGGACGAUGAUUCUCUGAGACA